AGUCUUGUCGUGGCGGCAGGGGUGCGUGCGCGAUCGCUGGUGACGUGAAGACCUGGUGUGUUCGCCCAUCUUUGUAAAACUUCCUUUUUGCCAAGGGGACAAUGUCGGCGGACAACGAGCUCAGUGCCGUCCUCAACCGGCGGUGUCAGAUCAAUGAUGACCUGCACGCCGGCAAGGAGGUCAAGAAGGUUCUGCGGGUGUUCAACCCCUACACCGAGUUUCCCGAGUUCUCCCGCAAACAGAUCAAGGAGUACGAGAGAAUAUUCAAAAAAUACGACGAGGGAAACGAUGGCUUCCUGGACUUGGAGGAGCUGAAGAAGAUGAUGGAGAAGUUGGGAGCGCCGCAGACGCACAUCGGCCUGAAGCAGAUGAUCCGCGAGGCCAAUGAGGACGAGAACGUCACUAAGAUCGGCUUCAGAGCGUUUCUGACCGUGUUCCGCCGGGCGGCGGCCGGCGAACUGACGGCUGACUCGGGCCUCAGUCAGCUGGCUAAGCUCACCGAGAUCGACGUCGACGAAGUGGGCGUGGCUGGCGCCAAGCAGUUCUUCCAGGCCAAGAUCUCGGAGCUGGAGCGCGACAAGAACUUCCUGGAGGAGAUCCGCCGCGAGGAGGAGGAGCGCCAGCGACAGGAGCAGGAGCGGCGCGAGCGCAAGGCCGAGUUCAAACAGAGGGCGGCACUGUUCAACCACGCCUAGCUCAGGUGGCGCUACCGUCGGGAUGCGUGACGGGAAGUGCACUCGUGGAGAGCGUGUGAUAAGCAAUGCGGUGUUUAUCUUACUGUGUUUUUGGGAGGGGAAGGUGCAAAUUUAAAUGAAAACGGACAUGUAGCUCUGAUGGUGGUUUUGGUGUGUGUGCUUGCGUGAGUUGCUGCUUUUUUCCUCAAGUUUUAUCUUGCGAGUUUUUCUUAUUUUCGCUUUCAGUGUUUUAAUGUCAAAGCUAUUUCAAAUUAUCGUGUUUAUUUUUUAAGCAACCGUAGAUGUUAAUGCGUAGCAUUCAUCCAUAGGGUCAUACGAAUGCGUGCUGAUGGCGAAUGAAUUGCAUAACCCAGUGUAGGCGGAAACAGUCCAAGCUUGUACGCAUGUUCCGUGAAAUGCUGAAGUGUUGAUUAAAACCCGAGUAGCUGCGCCUGUGGGUCGGAUUUGAGCGAGUGCAAACUAGAAGUGCUAUGGUGUUAGUAACGACUCAACGUGCAUCAGCUCAUAACAGUAGACAUUAGAUGAACUCGCCGCAUAGCUGAAUUAGACAUAUCGGUAAAUAUCCGCCUGUGUAAUGUGCCUUGUGUCUGCGUAGUGCCCCUAGUAGUAGUUAUAUAUUUGAUGCUGAGUCUAAUUUGGAGCUGGUUAAAUUGUGAUGUUCAUUUGUGAUGUGGUGCUCAUGCGUUUGUGGUCAGAGCUUCUGUGCGAUCUGCAUGGCGAUCAAAUA